AUGUUCACUGGAAUCGUUGAAGAAGUCGGCCACGUGGCAGAGCUGGACAACUACCGGUUCGUCAUCCAGGCCAAAAAAGUCCUGGAGGAUGUGAAGCUGGGCGACAGCAUCUCGGUCAACGGCGCCUGCCUGACGGUGGUGGAGUUCGAUGCCGGCAGCUUUGCCGUAGAUCUGGCCCCGGAAACACUGCGCAGAACCUCGCUGGGUCAGGUUGCCCGGGGAGGAGCCGUCAAUCUGGAACGGGCGCUGCUGGCUUCGGAUCGAAUGGGCGGCCACAUCGUCCAGGGCCACGUGGAUGCGACCGGCGCCGUAACCGGCCUCACCCCCGAAGUGGAUUGCUACAUCAUCGAAAUCGAAGCCCCUACGCAACUGACACCGUACAUCGUAGAGAAAGGGUUUGUCGCGGUUGACGGAAUUAGCCUCACAGUGGUACAAAGAACGGGGCAGCGGUUCACCAUAUCCGUGAUUCCGUUUACCAUGGAAAACACCAAUCUAAGCCAACGAACAGUCGGGGAAUCUGUAAAUUUGGAAGCGGAUAUUCUGGCAAAAUACGUGGAAAGUCUGCUCGAAACCAGACGCAAUUAA